GAUUGUGAAAGUCAGUAACCGCACGAAGUUGUAGUCUUCAAGAACUUGAGGAGCAUCUUUUCACUAUUCGAAGUUGUUGUAGUCCUUAUUUUUAGAUAUGUUAAAUUACUAGAUUAGUGAUAACAAGUGUAUUUGAAUUUUUUGUGAAUUCGGAUAUAAUUCAGAAUUAUGAUGUUCAUACAUUGGUACAUAUUUAUGGUAUCCCUUCAUUCGAUAUGGAGUUUGCCACAGACAAAGUUAUUCAAGAUGCCGAAUGUGGAUUUUUCAACUGCACAAGAAAUCAAUGGCCUCGAACCAAGUCCAACACCUGAACUCGAGAGUAGAUCUUACAAUAACAAUGGCAACUUUCUAGAGGCAACACUGGAAGAAGUCCAGAAUAUACUGAAAACUAGUCCAAACCUACCACGCUUAACCAAAGGUGAGAUUCUGGAUUUGAUCGAGAAUAUAACCAAGCAGGAUAUGGAAAAACUACGUAGUUUGAAUAAAAAUAGAAACGGAAAAUCUGUUCUACUUGUCAUGCCAUACUCACCGAAAAAAAACGGGGAAAAUAUGGAAGAUUUGUACACGAAAAAACCUGUCACACAACUUAUCGAAAACGAUAAUGCAACCAUUGAAAACAAGAAGGAAAACAGAAAGAAAAAGCCGUCAUUCAGCUUCACGAAAGACAAUAACAAAAUAUUCGGAAGGAAUGUAACAAAAAUGAGUUACAAACUAACCUUUCCAACAACACAUCCAACAGAGAAAACAUCAGAUAUUCCGUAUGACACUACAUUUCCAAUGACAACGGAGUCGUCAAUUGAAGUCACUACGUUUCGUCGGAGAGUUAGGCCAACCAGGAUAAGACCUCCAACAGUAACCAGACCGACAAGAAGGCGACGAAAACCAACAUCGACUCCUAUUUCCAUCGAAACCAAACAAGAACAUCAAACAGAUAAAUUCCUGCCAGAAAAUGCCAUUCGAGUGACGAAACCACCAGUUUAUAGAUUCACAAGGAGAACAACUACUACUACUACUUCCGAAGUUCCUGAUUUAAAUACGGCUGAGAGUUAUCAAAGCAACGUUUACGUUAAUCCUCCAUCAUUAGGGGUUCCAUCAUCCGAAUUUGAUCAUAUAAUCUCUAGUUUCCAACAAGAUGAACUCAAUCAAGCUGGACCAGUUUUCAAACCAAUUUCCAAUCAGCUAUUCAGAGAUGAAGAAGAAAAUAUUCCAUCAUUAUCAUCAACUUCGAAACCUUUCUCUGAUAGUUUUAUAAUACCAGAGGGUUUUGACCACAUUAUCCGAAACAUGGACUUGGAUUCAGCUGCGAACAGAGAAAAAAUUCUUGAAGAAGCAAUCAGAAGCAACACGGCCUUACCUGUAACAAUCACGACAACCAAUACUCCUUAUCAAAUCACUCCAAGGCCUGAGUUUGUAGCAGAUAAUUUAAGUCCAGAUAUGAAAAACUUGCUUAUGACGUUUGGUUUGAUACCUAACCCUGAAUAUAAGAAAGAUACGCGACAAGAAGAACUACCAUUCAGAUCUGAGCAAAUCGAGGAACACCCUGAAUCCUACCUUGGGUUCAAACCUUUACCAGAGGACGGAGCUCCAAACAAGGACUUAGAUGAUUUAUUGGCAUCCUUUGGAUUAGGUCGGAGUGCCAGAAAAAGUAAAAAGAUCAAAAAGAGGAUAGACGUAAAUCCUGGUUUAGAUCUUUCAAUGAUUCCAGAGAGUAUGAAGGGCGUCGUUUCGAAUUUAGGACUGAGCACUGAGAUCAUCGAAGAUCCAUCUAGAGAAAAAACUGACUCUUUGAAUACUACUGUUGUGACUUCGAAUAAUGAAAGGAUGGAUGAUAUUUACGAAAAUGGAAACGUAACACCUGUAGAUAUAGAAGAAAAAGAUGUCCUGAAUAAUGAAAAUGCUACUCUAUUGGUAGAAUUACCUUCCGAAGAAAAUUUGACGCUAUCUGCUCACUUGGAAGAAAUUCCUAAAACAAACCAUCCUCUCGUGAGCAAUCCUGAAUUAUUGGAAUUGGAUGAAAUCAUCAACGCAACAAACAACUUGGUCGAUGACAAUGACACAAAUGAAUUAUUAAUUGAUAAUGAAUCUCAAAGAAAUGAUGUUACGAUAAACAUUACAAACAUUGAGACCACCACAAAAGGAACAUCGACCAGCGUCGUUUUCAACCCAACUGAUCAAAAAAUAGUGGAGAGGGAAAAGGAACAAUUGGAAAAGUUAGUAGAGCUGAUAAAGACACUCAAAGCGAUUAAUGGUUCUGCAACUGAGAAAGAUUUCGAAAAUGUUGAAUUAGAAACCCUCAAAGAGUUCACCAAAGUACUGAAUGAAUCUCAGAGGACUACUGUUGGUGAACAGAUCGAUAAUGAAAUAAAUCCACUAUAUAACUUUGACGAUAUUGCAAAACUGAAUCUCAAGAGGGAGGAAGCCACCACCGUAGGAUCAGCUUCUACAGAAGAUAUCACAGAAUCUAAAAUAGAGCCCCUUCUUUUAGAAGAAUCCUUUGGAAAGUUACCUGAGGUAGAAACUGAAACAUCGACACCAAAAACAUAUUCUUCAGGUGUUUACUACAUGAUAGAUUGGAAUACUUUCUUGGAAGUUGAUAAUACGAAAGGUACACAUGUUAAUUUGAGGUUUCAACCCAAAGUAGGUGAUCCUGGACGUUUCUAUUCAAUCAACAAUAAUUGAGGUUCCUAAUGGAUUUUGGGAAUCGAAUACAGAGAAAACGUACUGCACAUAUUAUGAGUGAGAUGAGAAUGUGACAGAGUGUAGUGAGACUGACGAUUAGACAAAUUAAUGCUGCUGAAGAUCACAAUAAUUUUAUGAUUCGACGUUUUCAUUAGAUACCCAUGUUAUAUUAUAAAGAAAAUUGUUUUCAAAAAUGUUGGUCAGAACAGUUUGUCUAGAUGUAUUGUGCACUGCAUUGAGAACAGGCCUUAAUGUCUUCUGGAAGAAGAAGAAGUGUUUAAAUGAAGUGAUUGAAUGUUUUAUCUUUAAUUUAUUGUGUUAUUUUAUUCAUGUUGAAAUAAAAUUUUUAAACCAUA